AAAAAGCUUCUCUCUCCCUCUCUCACAUUCCAGAGUAAGAUUCAUCAAAAUCAUUAUCACUGCAAUCUGUUCUCUGUUCCUCUCAUGGCUUCUCUUCAUGAUGAUGGGGAAGUUGGUUUCGAAGAAGGAAAGCUCUUGCUACCCUCUAAUGUUCUGGACGAGGCAUGUGACUCCAGCAACAAGAUUCAUAAGAGGAGUCACCAGAAACAUCAGCAACCAGGUUAUCACAGAUAUCAAAGGGAAACACAAUCACAGCGCUCAAAAUUUACUGGAAGAUCAUCGUAUCAAAGGCCUAAACAUGCCACAGGUGGACCUGGAAUGCAAGCUGUUUUCUUAGUUUCGGGCCAAGGAUCAUGUGGUGGUACUGGGGUGUUCUUACCCCAAAAAGCAGGCACAAAAUCAACAAGAAAACCAGCAUGUGCUCCAGUCCUCCUUCCAGCUCGAGUAGUUGAAGCUCUAAAUCUGAAAGUGCACGAACUAGGCAUGCAGAUUUCACCUUCUCAAGGUCCUAAAUAUGGCGAAAGAAAGGGAGAAGUGUACAGAAGUGAGUCGAAAAAAGAGGGUAUGAAGCAAUGCAGUGUUAUUAGUCAGAGUCAAAGUUGUUCUCCUGAUAUAUUUCUUCCAAAGGAAUGGACAUACUAACUAGAUCUUCAUUUGCUUAAUGCAACCCAAAAAACACACAAAAGGAGAUCAUAUUGUAAAUGCUUUGCAUGCACUGAGUUACAAACAAGAUCCAAUCAUAAAUCCUUCAUUAUACAACCUCUCACCAUGUAAUCAUUAUUUAUUUAUAGUAAAUAAAAAAGAUUUAUUGUCGAUUAAA